AAGGAAUUCUGGGAAAGUAAAAAAAGAUGGCGGAUGAAGUUGAACAGCAAACUACCACCAAUACAGUGGAGGAGCCCCUGGAUCUGAUCCGGCUCAGCUUAGAUGAGAGGAUAUACGUAAAGAUGAGGAACGACAGAGAACUCCGGGGCAGAUUGCAUGCUUACGAUCAGCACUUGAACAUGAUUCUGGGAGAUGUGGAGGAGACAGUUACGACAGUAGAGAUUGAUGAGGAAACCUAUGAGGAAAUUUAUAAGUCAACGAAGAGAAACAUUCCCAUGUUGUUUGUGAGAGGUGAUGGUGUCGUCCUUGUAGCUCCUCCGCUGAGGGUUGGCUAGCGGCGCGUCCUGCUGCUCUUUUAUGUUCUUGGAACUGCUUGUUUUCACUAGGGGUUUUUGUUGACAAAUUGCUGAUGCAGAUAAUUUAGUCUUAACACUUUAUUUGGCAUUUUGAGAGACUAAUGGUUUUAAGUUAAUGCAGAAGUCAUUAAUUAACAUGUUAUUCAAUUUGGAUCAGAGUGGAAAUUAAGUCACUGAUAUUCCCCAAUACAAUAAAUGAAUACAUAUGUUUCAAUUAAGAUUUGAAUAUCAAAAGCAUUUGUAACAACUUGGGGGAUAAUUUCACAGGUUGCUCUGUGAUGUAAUUUUCUUUGCUGUACAGUAACUACCUGUUUCUGUCAAAGUUUUGUCUUUUAUAUUUUUGUAAUGAACAUGUUAACUAUACUGAGAUAAUGUCCUCAGUAGGUAAAAGGCCCCAGUUCUCAUUUUGUUUUAAGUUUUGUCUGAAGCACACUUGGAUGAGUUAAAAACAUGUUAAUAAAAAUGAGACCUGGGAGGUUUGAAAUGACUGGUAUAUUCCUCAUCUAACAAGACAUCAACACCCUGACAGGUUAUUGCAUUGAGAAAGGGAGCAUGGGAGACUAUCUGUAAUUUCAUUUGGUUUAUUAGGAUAACAUUUUUUUUAACCAC